AUGGGCGACGCCGUGCUGCGGGUGCGCAGGCAUCUGCAGAGCCUGGCGCGCGAAAACUGGUCGGCGCUGGAGGAGCAACAUGUACUCAAUGUGUCGUGGCUGCAAGCUGAGCUGAUGCAGAUUUCUCGUUCGCUGGAUAUCAAGGCGCACUUCGAGUCCAAGCCGUCAGCUCCACUGCCUUAUCCCAGCGCCCCAGAAGCCGCGGAACCGGUCAAGAAGAAGCAGAAGAUCGAGCCGCAGCGGAAAGACGCGGCGCCGCCUGCGGAUGAACCGAAACAGGAGCGAAUGAGUACGAGACUGUCGAUGCGACUGCGUCCGAGGACCCAGAGUGCGGACGUGACUGAGGAACCGAAGAAGACGAGAAGGAGAGGACGUCCGUCUGAGGCUUUACUGCAAGACCCAGGGAAGCUCAAGGUGACGGAGUUGCGGUCGGAACUGAAGAAGAGAGGACUGAGAACUAGUGGACUGAAGGCUGUGCUGUUCGACCGUCUGCUGGACGCGCUGCAAGAAGAGCAGAAGGAGGACGAAAAGCUCUUGAAACAGAGCACGAGGUGA